CAGUUUGACGCUUCGCUCGCUUCGCGGUGUAGACGCGGAACCCUGGACCAAUCGCUUUCGAGGGAAAAUGUGAGCGCAAGGAAUUCCCCACGCAUUGAAAACAGUAUAACCUUAUGUUAGGCAAGAGAAAGCGGCGAAGCUCGAUUAGAGCUUCAAAAACAAUGAGCUUUUAGAAGAUUUUGUCUUUGCAAAAGAGGAUAAAGUUACUUCGGUUUAACAGGACUGAAUCGGGAAGUAAGAUUCAGAUGAUGACAGAUUGCUCAGGAAUUGUUUCAUUGAAAUGAUCGGAGUGUGUCCAUCACUUUCCCCACGCUAGCAUUUAAACGUGUAAAAUUAUGGCACGUUAAGUUGAAGUACCCCUUUGAUCAGGCUGGCUGAUCUCAUAUCCUGUGGCAAUCCAUGCCCCUCCCCCUUCCUCCACACUGCCACUGAAGAGGUUCACUUAUUACAUCUGAACCUUGAUGAAUUAAACCAGGUUUAGAUGCCCCAGACGCAGUUGGAGUGAGAAGAAUCCUCCUCCAUCACGCAGUCCUCCGCCACUCUACCGUCAUCUGGAGGACAAAAAUCAGAACCGUGCAGGACCAAAAAAGGGAACUCUGUUUUUACCUAACAGUGCCUCUCAUUUUGUGAAAGCAGUGUUCCUGCCUCAGAGUGCUUCCUGUGCCGAGGGGUGUGGUGUGGAGCGAAGCGGUCCGGGGAGUGCGUGGAGGGGUAGGAACCCUCUGCCUGUCAGCCUGUGUCCUACCCUUUCUCUCCCUACAACACCAUGACCACUGCGGUCCAGUCCAGCGAGCUUGUCUUUGAGUUCGCCAGUAAUGGGAUGGAUGAAAUCAAUCAGCUGGACGACCCUUCAGUUUUCCCAGCGGUGAUCGUGGAGCAGGUGCCCGCUGCUGACCUCAUGCAGGUGUACUCUGGACUGGAGGCAGAUGAGGUGACUAAUGGCAUCAUGGUGGACUCCAUUCAGGAUGUGGUGGAAGAGAACAUGAUGGGAGAUGUGGGCCUGUCUGUAGAGACCCAGGUCUCAGGUGGAGAGGACAAUAUGGAGACCAUCGAGGCGGCUGAGGCCUUAUUGAACAUGGAAUCUCCCAAUAAUAUCCUGGAUGAGAAACGCAUGAUUCACACAUACGGGAAUAUGCUGGAAUCAGACCUGACCUACAUUUCCCUGCGUCCAGAGCAGCUCACAAAUGGCUGCAUGGAUGUUCCCCUGGAUGAGGAGACGUCCUCUUUGGAUGAGAUCCCUCAAAAGAACGCUUCCAAGCCUGCCAGGAAAAGCAAAGUGCGCAAGCCAAGACCAGUGCGGCCCUGCUCCCCCAUCACCAAUCCAACUCUUCCGUUGAAGAAGAAGAGCAAAGAGGGCAAAGGUAAUACUAUCUACCUGUGGGAGUUCCUUCUGGCCUUGCUGCAAGACAAAAACACCUGUCCCAAAUACAUCAAAUGGACACAGAGAGAGAAGGGCAUUUUUAAGCUGGUGGACUCCAAGGCUGUCUCCAAGCUGUGGGGCAAGCACAAAAACAAGCCUGAUAUGAACUAUGAAACCAUGGGCAGAGCGCUAAGGUACUAUUACCAGAGGGGUAUACUGGCCAAGGUUGAAGGACAGAGGCUUGUUUACCAGUUUAAGGAGAUGCCCUCAGAUCUGGUCAUUAUUGAUGAGGAUGAUAGCCAAGGGGACGACACCAGUUCUGGCUACGGAGGGCAACGGUCUGCUCCUCACGGACGGGCAGUGGGCCGCGGUUCAUCACGUGCGCAGGGGAAGAGCGCACAGUUGAAGUCAGUGAAGACAGAGAUGAGUCCCGGGCUGAACAUAAAUGGAAAACAAGCAGAACAGCUGGUACAGACUGUCCACGUUCUUCAGCCAAAUCAAGGAGCUGCUGUCCCAGCAUCUACACACUCCGUAAGGACUAUAAAUAUGCCAGGCUCUGUUCCCAUGGUCCUCACGUCAGGAGCUCAAGGGGGAGGUCCAGUCACCCUGCAGACCCUGCCGCUGUCCUCUGUUCUAACCAAUGGGGAUUCCUCCACUCAUGCCUCGCCACCUCGGGUCAUUCUCCACACUGUGCCUUCCACCAGCCCUGGCAGUAAAGAUGUGCUCACCAUCCAGACUGCCUCUCUGACGACAGACAGCAUCCAGUCCCAGCAGCUCCUCGUGUCCACUCUGGGCUCAUCCAGUGGAGGGGUCAUCAGCACCACGCCACAGCAAGCCGGAUCUCUUAAUGGCAUCACCCGCCUGGUCACUCUUAAUGCCAACGGGCAGCCCGUCGUAGCCCAGCAGCCUGGAACGGUCAUCGCCACUGUCCUGAAGCCCAGUGAUCUUCAAGGCCUGCAGGUGAAGGAGGAGAUCCUAGACCCGCAGUACCUCCAGUCUCUGGUCAACAGCAACCCUAGCAUGGCCUCGUACGGCAAAGAUGAGUUUGAGGAAGGAAUGGCAGAGCUGAGCUACAGAACUGUGAUCAUCAAUGCAGGUCAGGAGCUGGGUCAGACCCUCAACGGACAUUCGGACAUGGGCUUGCAGCUGGCCAGCAGCCCUAGUGAGGGCCUGACCCCUGUGGAGGAGCUAGAAGUGAGAGGAGAAGUGGCUCUGCAUCCGGAGCCUGAGGCUAAAGAGCUGUUGGAGGGGUCUCAAGGUCUGCAGGAAUUGCCGGACACCAUGCAGAUACCCGCAUCCCACUUCAUCCAGGUCAAGGCGGAACCGGCUGAGACCUAAACUAGUGGCCUAAACCAGGGGAAUGUGGACACAGUUAUCUGUAAUUUAUUGCUCUUGAUUGUUUAGAAUGGGCAUUGACCCCGAAGACUGUUGUUUACUCAAAGUUAUUGUGAUAUUGUGCCUAAAUUCGAACCUUGAGGGAUACCGACCAUGAUGUCAUAAUGAAAGCUCUUUGGUUUGCUCUCCGUCACUCCCAAACUCCCAACAGGAGAGCAGCCAUUCUCCAACCAGGGAUAUUCCCACCAUAUGUGCCAGUUGAGAUGUUUCUGUCUCUUCUCAUCUCCACAGACAAAUCCAAAGACUUUAUCCAGCAGAGGGACCAAAGGAGGAGUUGGUGGGAAGCCAAAAAGAAACCAACAACACACCAUUGACUUUAGGAUUAAACACAGACACACACAGUUGCUUAGAACAUACAAUAUGGAUAAACUUUUGUUUUGUGUUUUCUUAUGUAGCCAUCUUAGUGGACUUCAAAAGGAUGCCUAAUGGAAUAAGACUGAAAGAGUGCCUAGGUGGCUAAUGCUUUGCUUUGGAAGUGGUUUUGAAGGGGAAGAUUGUAUGAUUCACUCUGUUUUUAAUACAGAAUUAUGACAUUCUCACACCCUCAUACCAUCAGAACUGAAGAGGUUAUUAUUUUUCCAUCACACACAAAUUUAAAGCACUGCGCUUUUAUGGAAAUGGGCAUUGCCUGUCCAAAGAGAUAGUUCUAGUAGACUUUGUUUGUAUAUAGUAACAGACUAGAGAAUAUAGUGACAAAUUCCAAAAUCAUCUGCAAAGUAUUUCCCCAUUAUAAUCUUGUUCAUAUGAAAUGGAACGCAGUAUAUAUAAAUAUAAUAUACAACUAAGAUUCAAUUUAUGGCCACAAAUUUAUUUAUUUUCUGAAUUUCUAAAUUCUGUAUAAAAAGUCUUUUUUAAACAAAUGCAAAAAUGAGGGAAAAUAUGCAGUAUGUAGGGCUAAUUUUACCCAUAAGACUCCAGUAUGUGUGUGUAUUGCUGUAUUUUUCCAAUUUAAAGCAUUCCAUGUAAUCCGCACACCUUUCAUAUUUUAUCUAUUUUUCAAUAUAAGGGGAUCUGAACAUAGCUUUAUGAGAUUGAGCUAUCAUGCUUUUCUUAUUCACUGUGAUGCGUUUAAAGCCAUUUUUACAGAGUGUACGUGCUAUAAAUGCUAUGUCCUUUGGUUUCUGCCUUUACGCUGUCAUACUUUUACCCUGUAUCUACCACAUAUCGUUCAACUGAUGCCUUACACGGCUGUUUUUCAGAUCACAGCUGGUGUGGUCUGUGACAUUUAGGUAGAUUUUUAAAUGUAUUUAUUUGUAGUUGAUGUAGUCGGCUGUCCAUGGCCUCCGUUCCUUCCUCGCCUCAUUUAUAUCCAAUGAAUCUAGAGCACAGUCUCUUAAUAGCGGCAUCUCCACAAGUAAACAGAGUGGAUGCUGCAGACAUGUUGAAACUAAACUAAAUUUGUGCUAAAUUAGAAGAAGUGACUGAAGUUGUUGAGGGUAAAUGUGGACUGGACUCUCAGAAGACCAGACGCUGAUCAUGGGCAGCAGGCCUCUGCCUCUAACUCUUUGACUAACACCAGAACUCUGGUGCUGCUCCGACAAUCAUGGCUACACCUUGUAUUAUGCAAUAUUACGUCAGUAAGACAAUCAGUGACCUCAUCAUAAUAGAAGAAAAAUGUCCUUCUGGCCACCAUGUAAUUUUCAAACCUGGUCUUGUUUGAAAUAUUUGUUGACCACAGGCUUUAGACUCUGUAGUUUUUGGGUAAAGGUAUGCCAGUGCUCUUGCUAUAAUUUAAUCUUGCCUUUUCUCGGGGCUUUCCUUUUUUUCCAGUUGUCUUAUAGUAGAUUAGAUUUUGUUUUUCUAAAAAAAGAGAACCAAAAGAAAAGAAAUAUAAUAAAAACAAUUUUGCCUUAA